UACUGAAUCGGUAACAAAACACUACAGAUUUCAAAUUAGGUUGGACACCAUACGACCGUAGCCAUCCGUAUCACAUCUCACGGAACUGAAGAACUAUGGAUUAAUUACUUAUUUUAAUGGUUUCCAAAAGAACGCUCUGAAGAGAAGAAAUGUCUGGGUAAAGUUCAGAUACACUCUCGGUUACAUAUCUGAUUGUCUUUGCCUGCGCAAUAAUUACACGUUGAGAAGAGACUGAAACAAUCAUUCACCUGGACAAACUUGAGAGUUCAAUUCAAGCUUAUUUUACACGUGUGACCUGAUACUGGUUCUAUUUUGGAUGAGGAGAGUAUAUGCCAAAUGGAUAUAAAUGCAAAAAUUCGUAUGGUUGAAUUAAAAUCAAACGAAUGAUGACAAUUAAAACACCAUUGAAACUGUAGGUAAUUCAACCGUGGAACUGUUUCAAACCGAAUUCAUCAUGCGAAUAUUUUAAAGACAAGGUAGGAGUUAAGGAAUACUGUGUAGGCUACUGGGUUAAAAUAAGGUUUUGUCGGGAUGAUGCGACUGCUAAACUACCUCUUGCUGGGCUACCUGACCUGGAAUCUACGGAUAUCAGACGCACAAGGGGAGUACUGCCAUGGGUGGCUGGACAGUAACGGAAAUUACCACGAAGGCUUUCAGUGUCCGGAGGACUUUGACACCAUGGACGCGACCGUGUGCUGCGGGUCUUGCUCCCUGCGGUACUGUUGCGCGGCUGUGGACGCACGGCUGGAUCAGGGAAGCUGUACCAACGACCGAGAACUGAAUAACACGGAGUUUGCAGCGCAGCCUAUCUACGUGCCCUUUCUGAUGGUGGGUUCCAUCUUUGUCGCCUUCGUGGUGGUGGGCUCCCUGGUUGCCGUCUACUGUUGCACCUGCCUGCGGCCCAAGCAGCCUACCCAGCAGGCUAUCCGCUUCUCGCUGCGCAACUGCCAGGGCGAGACCAUCCCCAUGAUCCUGACCACUGCGCCACCCGGCCUGCGCACCCCCUCGCGCCAGUCCAGCACGGCCACCAGUUCAAGCUCAGCUGGCGGGAGCAGCUCGGUGCGCCGCUUCUCCCUCGGAGGUCAGGGGCAGCAGCACGGGUGCUUGGUGUCGGCGUCUGCACCAAGCACCCGAGUCUUCACCUCCACACCCCAGCCGCUACUACCACCACCCCCUCCGCCCCCCUACACCUCCCCUGCAGCCUGCGUGCCAGGCGGCCGCCAGCACCCUCAUGCCCAGCUGCAGCUGCACCAGCCCAUGCACCCACACCAACAGCCUCACCUGGCCCAGGGCACAGGCUUCCUGCUGCCCCAGCAGUACUUCUUCCCCCUACAGCCGGAGCCCUUCUCCGGCGGGGCUAAGGGCUUUGCAGACUUUGGACAGAGCUGACGGGGCUUCCUUGGCAACGAGGAGGUGGAUUACAGGAGCACACUGGGACGUGAGUAGGGUCAUGUUCAUUAAGCACUAAACGGAAGAAAACAGACCGAAACAACAGGAAGGGACUACCUGUACCUGCCCAGUAUGAGUUUGUUUUAAAUCAGUGAACUGUACUGAACAUGACCCUGGUGUGUUUUGUGGACAGACACAGUCAUCGGCUACCGGAAGGACUGCCCUGACAUGCACUGCAGUAGGCCUGUUGAAUGGAGACUGGGAGACAGGAGGCUGUGUUCAAGAUAAACCACGAGAAAUCUUCCUAGUCGAGCAGAGUACAUGAGAGUAUUGUCUCUCUAAAUUACAGGAAUGGAUUUCUGCUCAGAACAGACAGGACUGUUUAUUGGUCAAUAUUCUUUUCAAUGUUAUGCACUUUUUUAUAUAUACAUUUCUAUUGUAAACAAUAUUCUGUCUUCCCUUUCUCUUUUAAACACACUUUGGUUAAAUGGUGAUGUUAAAUUGUCACAACUUUUGUGGCAGCAACAUUAUUAAUAAGUGUUUAAUAAUAUUAAUAAGUCUACACAUUUUGUUGCGAGCUGUUGGACAUUUAAUCAAAUUAUAAUUUUGACAAUUGCAAGCCCCUAAAAGAGGGGAAGGACUGACACCAAGUGGUGCAGUAGGGUGAACAAAGCCAAAGGAUGUACUGUGUGUACAGUGCUCACUGGCUGAACUAUAGGUUUGUUUAUAUUUAAUGAUAAUAUUAGUCAACACCAGUAUCUAAUUAGUAUUCUAAUGACUAAUUCUAUGAUUGUGAGUACUUGUCAUGCAAUGCUACAACUAGAAGACACUCAACAGUUGGUCAGUAUUUCCGAAAAUUAAACCUACUCUUUAGUAAUCCAAGAUUGAAUGGUUGAGAAUUGCUUAAUUGCUCACUAACGGAUAUAUUUUGUACUGUAUAGUACUAACUUCUGAAAAUGGCUUGCGACUUUUUCUUUUUUGCUGUUAAAGUCACAAUCCUGAGUUUGUGUUUCACCUUUUAGCCCAACUGCAGCCUCCAUAUUUGGUUUAUUAAUGUACUACUUAAUUAUACUGAAGAGAGGGGAUGCAAAGAUAUUCACAAACAUUAAUGACACAUUGAACCUUAAAUACAGAAACUACAAGCCAAAAUGUUGGCUUACAGAUAGCGGAGUCCCCCUUUCUCCAGCCUCAGACAUAUAGGCAACUGAAACGGUUCAUAAAGGCCAUAGUCGUUUGCUACCUGUCGCUCAAUCUUGCGCCAGACUUCACACGAGGAAUGUUGCAACGAGAUCAGUCAUUGUCAAUGCUAAAUGAUUCUGUCAUGGCCACAGUGUUAAAAACAACUGGUCCCAGAAAUAGGGAAGAGUUUUGGGUUGGAUGAGCAGGUAUGGCAAGAGUCCAAAGACUUCUCGGUACCCUAGUCAUUUAAGUGUGAAAUAAACUUGGCAAUCACUGACCUAUUAUGGCAGAUUAGAUACAAUAGAUCAUACAGUGGAUCAUGUUUGGCGCUAGACUGAGUCUUCCAAACAAAGGAAAAAUUCCAGCAAUUCCCAGAGAUGACGCCACAACAAUCUUUGGGUAUUGCUGUCCUUAUUUCUUUUUUUGGAAGGCUCUAAAUCUACAAUGUUUACACAGACAAGCAUCCCAUUCCAAUAGAAACCUUUGGUAGCACAUGCAUACUUGCAUACUACUCUUUGGAGCUAUUUGUGCUAUAGUUGCGCAGAUGUCAACACAUUGUGUAUACAUUUGGGUAUGCUUGGACACUUCUGGUUUUCAAAAACACAUAAAAAAUUCAUCGUCUUUCAGAUACUGUAUUCUAGAUGGUCCUGUAUAAUACUGCUCUAAAUCUAUUUGGAACUCAAAGAAAAUACCUCACAGAUUGAAUCUUUUUGAAGUUACAUUGACAGUAAUCCAAGGACUCUUGUAUGAAUACUCUAGCAAGGGUACACCUAGUCAGAAAAAUAUGUAUUUCAUGAACUAACGACUAAAGAGAAACCAUCUAUGUUGGUUUUGUGAUACUGCUAUGAUAGUGGAUACUUUGUCAAUAACAGAGACAAAUUAUUGUAAUUAUAACAAAAAGGAUAUUCUACCACACGGCCCCACAGUAAACCUCAGAUCACCAGUCACCAGGGAGUACAACGUCACCAUAAUGACGACAUUUGUUUGUUUGUCACGCAUGGAAGGGAACUAUGUUUUCCGUCUCCCCUGCCUUUUCCUGUUUAGGUUCUCAUUGCUCUUCAGGUCCUGUUUGCUACCACACACAUAGGCAUAUGAUUCGAUGGGGGAAACAACUAGCUGCCUCCCCUCAUUUUGGACGUUUACAAAGUCCGAAAUGAAGGAUGGCACCUUGUUCCCGACAUAGUGCCCUACUUUUGACCAGAGUAGUACACUAUAUCUAGGGUGCCAUUUGAGAUGCAGCGUAGACAGCCAUAGAUUCCAUUUCUAUGACGGUAGGUCAGAGAUGAUGACCAAAGGUUGGUUUCCUUGUUUGUAAAGUGUAUUUUAGUAGUAGUCCUUCAUGGCAGGGAAAGGAAAGGGAAAGGGGGGGUACCUAGUCCGUUGUCCAACUGAAUGUAUUCAACUGAAAUGUGUCUUCUGCAUUUAACCCCACCUUCAUCGACAUCCAAGACAUAACACUUACGUUUGCAGUCACAAAAUGCAGAACAAUCAUUCAAUGAAAGACCUAAAAAUAAACAAUA